CUCUGCGGCUUUGACAAAAACAAAAUUCAUUUUCACUCAAGUUUAACUUUUGUAAUUGUAUUGUACGUAAAAUAAAUAAAACAAAACAUGCCAGCUGAAAAUCUGGAGGAGCAAGGUCUGGAGAAGAACCCCAACUUGGAGUUGGCACAAACAAAGUUCUUGCUAACGCUUGCGGAGCACAAACAAGAUGCAGCACUCAAAAAUAAACUCUUGGAUGCAAUUCGUGCCGACAAUAUGGCUCCAUGGUACGAACACAUAUGUACCGAAUUAAACUGGGCGCUGGACAAGGACAUGUUGGCACGUAUGCGCGAACAAAAUCGCAUUGCUGUGGAACAGCUAGAUGCUGCCAUUGAGGAUGCUGAGAAGAAUUUGGGCGAGAUGGAAGUGCGCGAGGCGAACCUUAAGAAGUCCGAGUACUUGUGUCGCAUAGGUGAUAAGGCUGCUGCAGAGACUGCAUUUCGUAAAACGUACGAGAAGACUGUUUCCCUGGGUCAUCGUCUGGACAUUGUCUUUCAUCUCAUACGCCUAGGCUUGUUCUAUUUAGAUCACGAUUUAAUUACACGCAACAUCGAUAAGGCAAAGUAUCUGAUUGAGGAGGGCGGCGACUGGGAUCGUCGUAAUCGUCUGAAGGUAUACCAGGGCAUCUAUUCGGUGGCAGUGCGCGACUUCAAGGCAGCGGCUACCUUUUUCUUGGACACCGUUAGCACCUUUACCUCAUAUGAGCUCAUGGACUAUCCCACAUUUGUGCGAUAUACUGUGUAUGUGGCCAUGAUAGCGCUGCCUCGUAAUGAACUGCGGGAGAAGGUGGUCAAGGGAUCUGAGAUUCAAGAGGUGCUACAUGGUCUGCCCGACGUGAAGCAGUUCCUAUUCUCGCUCUUCAACUGCCAGUACGAACACUUCUAUGUGCACUUGGCCCAGGUAGAGAAGGAGCUGAGACAGGAUUACCUAGUGCAUCCACACUAUCGUUACUAUGUGCGUGAGAUGCGCAUCUUGGGUUACACGCAGCUCUUGGAAUCAUAUCGUUCGCUUACGCUGCAGUACAUGGCCGAGGCAUUUGGUGUCACUGUGGAUUACAUCGAUCAGGAGCUAUCACGUUUUAUUGCCGCUGGACGCUUGCACGCGAAAGUGGAUCGUGUGGGUGGCAUUGUGGAAACGAAUCGCCCAGAUAACAAAAAUUGGCAAUAUCAGGCCACCAUCAAGCAGGGUGAUCUUCUACUCAACCGUAUUCAGAAGCUCAGUCGUGUUAUUAAUAUUUAAGUUCGAUAUUGCACAUCAAAUAAACAUUUAUUAACAAUUA